AGAGGAAGACCAGGCACCACGGACCCUCUGAAGUCCCCUUUUCCUCUUUGACACAGACCCUUCCCUGUAAAAAGGAAGAGGAAGACUCACUGACCCCCCACAUUAAAGAGGAAGAGGAGGAACACAGCAUUAGUCAGGAAGGAGAUCAUAUUGAAGGACUGGUGGAGUUCCCAGUGACUGGUGUCCCUGUGAAGAGUGAAGAUGAUGAGGUCAAAGGUGAAAGUGAGGAGAAGAGAGAGGCGGAGCCUCCAAGCAGCAGCUCAACACAACACAUGACAACAGAAGCUGAUGGAGACCACUGUGGAGGAUCACAAGCAGACAAGAUCUUAGCUCCACUAUCAGAUAGUGAGGACACAACGUCACACUCUCCUGACACUGAUGAUGAACACUCUAAAGAUGAUGCAACAUGUCACACUGACAACACUCACUUCACAUGUUCCCACUGUGACAAAACCUUUAAUGACCAUUGCAAUAUGAAAGUACACAUGAAAACACACACUGGUGAAAAACCUUUUUCUUGUUCAUUCUGUGGUAAAGGUUUUACACAAAAGCGAUCUUUGAAAAUACACAUGAGAAUACACACUGGUGAAAAACCCUUUUCCUGUUCAACCUGUGGUAAAGGUUUUACACAAAGUCAACAUUUGAAAGGACACAUGAGAACACACACUGGUGAAAAUCCCCUUUCCUGUUCAACUUGUGGUAAAGGUUUUACACAAAGUCAACAUUUGAAAGUACACGCGAGAAUACACACUGGUGAAAAACCUUUUUCCUGUUCAACUUGUGGUAAAGGUUUUACACAAAGUCACAGUGUGAAAAGACACAUGAGAACACACACUGGUGAAAAACCUUGUAUCUGUUCAAUCUGUAGUAAAAGUUUUACACAAAGUCAACAUUUGAAAGGACACAUGAGAGCACACACUAGUGAAAAACCCUUUUCCUGUUCAACCUGUGGUAAAGGUUUUACACAGAGUCAAAAUUUGAAAAUACACAUGAGAACACACACUGGUGAAAAACCUUUUUCCUGUUCAACUUGUGGUAAAGAGUUUAGACAAAGUCAGAGUGUGAAAAUGCACAUGAGAAAACACACUGGUGAAAAACCUUUUUCUUGUUCAAUCUGUGGUAAAGGUUUUACUAAAAGGCAAUCUUUGAAAAGACACAUGAGAAGACACCCAGGAGAGAAAGUGUGUAGUUGCAGUGUGUGUGGUGAAAGAUUGUCUUCUAAGUACCAGUGUAAGAAACACAAGUGUGCUGGUGAGAACAGCAGCAGCAAAUGAAACUGCAGGAUUUGAAAUAAACUGUCAAGACUUUAAUGUUGACUUUCUAACAACAUCAGCACAUAUAACAUGUGUGACAUCAUUGUUGUUUGUGUAACUAUCUUUUUAAUAUGCUCCUACAUUUAUAGAUUAGAUAGUUUGAAAUAUUGAAGUAUUCCAUAUUUGUAUUUCUACUUGUUAAUGAUCCCAUAGAUUAGGACCUUUAUAUGAUGUACAUAUGUACUGGUUCACAUGUGAAACAUCUUCUGGACCACUUCAGGAAGCAUAUUAUUAUUUACUUUAUACAUCAUUUGAACACUUGUCUUUUAUACCAUUUUAAAAUGUGUGACUUUAUGAAUUAUUUGUUGGGUCUCUAUAAUCCAUUUUAUUAAUGAUCUUUAUUACUCUCUUUUGUAAUAUGAUGAUUGUUUUAUAUGUAUGUCCCCAGACCUUUAUGCAAUAUAAAAGUGAGAGAAAAAGGCUGAAUUGUUUGUGGAAGGAUGUUUAUUUUUUCUUUUUACAAACUUACAUUCGUGGAUAAAACAAAAAUUCCCAUUAUUGGGUUUUAAACAUUUUUAAUGUAUGUUUUCUUUUUAAACAUCCCCAAAACAAUAUCAAUAUCAAUCAAAGUUUGGAGUGUCAGGCACAAGCCAGUAUUGUACAUCAUCCCACAGACAUUUACUUUGCAUACUGUAGGAGCCAAUUUCCUUAUUUGUUCAUAUUGUUUUUAUCUUGUUUUCUCUCAUUGAUUGCUGGCCUCUGUUCAUGCUGAAAUGUGUUGACAGGGAUGGGACCGUUGCUAUGGUGCGGUUGCCAUGGUAACGUCAUUUAAUUGGGUUCAGGUGGGAGCACUCGGGGCGAUUGCA